AAAAGCGUCUGGGGUUAGGCCCAGGGGGUUCGGAAGGGUUUCAGGCGGCGGCCUUGGCUGUGAUGAAAUCUGCUGGUAAUUCCAGGACCUGGGUCCACCAGUCCCCCGCCUCAGGGAUAUUGUUGGGAUUUCGGAGAGGUCGCAAGAACCAGUUCAAACACAUCAUCCAUGGUUUUCUCCCUGCGGCCAGCAUUGCUCCGAAGCCAGCUGUGCCCCGCACACCUCCACCCCGCAGCCCCAACCCAUCUCCAGAGAGGCCACGGUCUGCUCUGGCUGCAGUCAUUUUAUCCACAACCUUAACUGGGCGCACCGUAGCCAUCCCUCAGCCUCGCCAGAGAUCCCGGGCUGAGAGUAACACGACCUCCAUUGAAAAGGACAGCUUCAUCGAUCCCUACGCCAUCUCCUCGGAGCUGCAGCUUCGACCAAAUGGGCAAAGUGAGGAGAGAAGAACUUCCUUGCCAUCCUUUGAAACGCGGGGCAGUGGGGAAGAAGAGGACAGUGAAUCUCAGCCAUCAUCCUGCUGCAAGGAGGUGGAGGAUGUCAGUGCCCAGAAGGAAGAGGGAGGUGGCAGUGAGGCCGUGUAUGCUGUACCAUACGCAAACAAGGUACCAUUGUCACGUGGGGUGGACAGUGAAGAUGACGAAAUUAUUUCUAACCCAGAUGGGUUUCCAGGCUCACCUCUCACACCACGGCAUGCCCAACAGAAAGAUGAUAAACACCCUGUUCUGAAUUUAAAGGAUGAAAAACCUCCGUUGUGUGAAAAACCUCCACCCUCCCCAGAUAUAACUGGUAGAGCGCGUCAGAGAUGUGUAGAAACAACCAAAGAAAGAUUUGAGGAACUGCGGGAGGAAAACGUGUGCUUGCACAAUGUGAACCAGACCCUGACCCUGCAGCUGACCGGCAUGAGACAAGCAAUGGAAGAGCUUCAGCUCAAGCUGGAGAGAGCGGAAAGCGGGGCGGGAGAGCCAAGAGGCCCGCAAGCCGCGUCCCAGGAAGUUACCACACCUGAGUUACUUUAUCUACGAAAACAAGCUCAAGAAUUGGUGGACGAGAAUGAUGGGUUGAAAAUGACUGUCCAUCGUUUGAAUGUAGAACUGAGUCGUUAUCAAACAAAAUUCAGACAUCUGUCCAAGGAAGAGAGUUUAAAUAUUGAAGGCCUCCCAUCAAAGGGCCCUAUACCACCCUGGCUGGUGGAUAUGAAGCGCCUAUCACCAUUGUUGCUGGCUUAUGAGGACAGGAUAAAGGAGAAGGACGAGCUCAACGCCACCCUCAGGGAGGAAAUGAGAAUGUUUAGGAGCCGAGUCCAAGAAGUGGUAAGAGAAAACGAAGAGCUGCACCGGGCGCUGAGCGGGGGCCGCCCCGCCCCCCGCCGGGAAUGGCAAGUGCUGGCGCGUCUCGCGCUCCCACCCGAGUCACAGCGUCUCAUUUUGUAAAUCAACUGCAGGCAUCAGCUUCAGACUCAAGCAGAGCUGGUUUUGGAGGAAAACAAGCUGUUAAUAGAGCAGCUGGAGCUUCAACAAACCAAAGCUAAGGAUGCCCACCAGGAGCGUCUCCAAGAAGUUUCCAAGCUGACUAAACAACUCAUGCUCUUAGAGACUAAAACCCAGAACCAGGAAAAGAAGCUGACGGAGAACAAGGAGCAGCUGGAGACUUUGCUGGCCGAGCGCCAGGAGCUCAGCACACACCUGCACCGCAGAAUCGCAGUGGAAGUUCACACUUCCAUUGUAAAUGAAUUAAAAAGCCGGUUACAGAAGGAAGAAGAGAAACAAAGUGCUGAGAUGGAGGAGUUGACGGAGAAGUUGACGGUCUUGCAAAUGCAGAAAAAGAGCCUGGUCUUAGAGAAGAACAGUCUGACAGUGAGGAACCAAGCGCUGGAGGCUGAACUCGCCAGGGCCCAGAAAACAAAUAGGAGAUCUCAGAAGAAAAUUGAGGUCCUCAAAAAGCAGGUGGAAAAAGCCAUGGGGAACGAAAUGUCUGCUCACCAGUAUUUGGCAAACCUUAUUGGCCUGGCAGAGAAUAUAACCCAGGAACGCGACCGUCUUAUACAUGUGGCUAAAUGUUUAGAAAGUGAGAAGCAUGGAGUUAUCAACAAAAUCAUAAAAGGCAAUAUUCGCUUGGGGAAGUUAGAGGAAAAAGUCAAGGGGUAUAAGAAGCAGACAGCCCUGAAGCUGGGAGACAUCAGCCACCGUCUGACGGAGCAGCAGGAGGACUUCCACGGCAAGACCACACAGUACCUUCAGGAGGUGAGGCGCCUCCAGCAGAUGCUGAGGGACAAACAGGAUGUCCUGGACGAGGCCCUGCGGCAGAAAAGAGAAAUGGAAGGUGAACUUGAAGUGGUUUGGGAGUCCACCUCCAAGGAAAACCAAAGGAUCCGAGAACUCCUCCGGGCCACACUCACGAGGACAGGCAGGUGGGGCCACACUGGGGCACUGGGGGACCCCUGCCUCCAUCUGGAGGACCCCUGCCUUGAGGGACUCUCUCAGGAACACCGGCUGGUUGGCUACAGUGACUGUGACACAAAGCUUUGUCUGCGGGACCCUCUGGAGCGGCCCCAUCCCCCUGAGCAGCCCACCUUCCCCAAGCUGGGGAAGGGCAGCCCCCCGCCCCAGGGGAGCCCACAGGAGCCUGAGGAGUGCCUCAGAGCGAGGGGGAAAUAAGCUGUCUCUAAGUUUAAUCCAUUGUUGGCAUUUCCUUGCUGAAAUACUUCUGAGCCAGUGCGUGUUCUCUGGCUGUGCUGCCCCUGAGGCCCCCCUCGUGACCCCUGAGGAACAGGCUGGGAGAGCAGCAGAGGGGUGGGGUGGGCGGGACGAGCACCGUGCUGUGGUUAGGUGCUGCAGGGCCAGGCGAUGGGAGCAGUGGGAGUGACGGCCAUGCUCCAGCUCCAGGUGGCAUUCUCUUGUUUUGUAAAAACCAAGGUUCUGGCACUCAUGCCCCAGUGAGUUAUACAAAACCUGUUCUCUCUCUAUCUUCCUUCCCUCACCUCUUGGGAAGGUAAUUUAUUCUAGGGCCACAUAUCUCCCCCCCUCUGUGACAAGAGCUCUGGCUUUGAGCCCCGAGGUGGGGUCCCUGCCUUAUUGCCACCACCAGGAGAGAUACGAGGGGCCGUGGUUUGGGUUCCUCUGUGCCAUCUCCUCAGGUUCACGAUCCCAGCCCCUCGGACCAUUCACUAGGACUUCCCGGCCUGAGUGCCACUUAUCUACAGCCCCUUGUCCUGAGUGUGCUGCGGGAACUCAGGGACAUCCACCUACAGAGGACCCUGACUGGGGGAGAGCUGGGGUCCUGGGCCACAUCCAGUUGCAGGGCCCCUCACUCUGAGCCCCUCCCCGUCUCGGGUGUGACGUUGGGCACCACUGGUCCUCAUCCUGUGUGGAGCUUACAGAGCUCUGCCUGCGAGGCGGGAAGCUGGGAUCACAACUCCUAGUUCUUUUACAUUUUUCUCUUUGUCACCUUAAAGGCUUUGAGUUUUUUUAUAUU